AUGCCUAUCAGUCAAAAGCCUUCAACCACUGGCACAAGUCCCAAAGAGCAACUGAGCUCUGUUACGACCAAAAAUAUCGACAAGACAGCCUCAGGAAACAGUCCAAGUUUUACAUUGGGGCGUACCAUUGGACAAGAGACCACUCCAUUAACACAUCAAACUAUCACCCAUUCAAUGGGUUUCCAAAACAGUACCACUUCCGUGACAACAAAGCAUCCGGUCGGCUUGAUAUCUACUGGAAGCCCAGUUUUACCAGCUCCCACCAAAGCGCAUACCAGCACGACAACGGCCACUGUAGGCCAGUCUGCCGGCAUCCCCCAUUCUACGGCGGCAAAGACGACAAGUACGCCAGUAGAAACUAUAGUGACUGGUUCCAAGGGCAUCGUGGCAACCUAUGUAGCCACUCAGGAUCCUAAGUACACCACUAACAGAAAAACAACCACGUCAACUGACGAUCAUGGACACGAUAUUAUCAUCUUCCCUGGAGGCUGGAGAUGGAUUCCCAUUGGUCUUCCACACUUGAGGCUGCCUCCUCCCCCGAAAUUAAAUCCAGAUCCUCAUAACCACGACGACCAUGGCGGUAACGACAAUGGCCAUAGCGAGGAUCAUCGCACCAGCCACAUUAAGUCGUCUACUAGUAGCGGGCGUUGCACCACAACAGAGCCUCCUGAAUGCACCAAGACCGUUUCAUUCAUUACCAGUGGUACCGGAUUUAAGAGGUAA